AUGCCUGUUUAUCAGGAAGGAUGGCUCUCCUUCUUGUCCUUUCUCCCUUCUUUGGAUUUGUCUGGCUUUCUUUCCUCUAUCGGCACGGUCCCUAGUGCUUCCUCGGAUAGUUCCGGAGACAGCAAUCAGUCCGUCGUCACCGACGAAUCGGCGGAUGUCCUUGCAACUGAGACUACAGACAGUUUCAGAGAUGGCUCUGCCGAUGAUAUCCGCGAUGACCCUGAUGAUGACCUCUCUGCCUUCUCGCAUGAGACUUCAGACGAAGGCAUAGGCUCUCAGCCUACCGCGACAGGACUCUUUCAAAUAUCAGUCUCUGAAGCAGCCUCUACUGCUGAGAAUUCUGCUCCUCUCGCUUCUGAAGAUCUUGAUCAGCCAAUUCUACCUGUUUUUAGCAUUUGUGGACGACAAUUGAUUCAUGCUAACCGGCCACGAAAUAUUAGAAGUCCCUGGCUUCCUCAGUUUCCAAAGUCACUGGAGAGGACCAUUUCGGAUCCUAUUUUGGACCCUGGAACCCGCAGUACCAGGUUUCCGAAGCAAAAAUUUUUCCUUGAUACCAUAUAUCCACGACUCCCGAGGAAUGAUAGUCGGCUAAGAGACAUUGAAUUUGCUCUGGGACCCUUGUUCUACAGGCAGCCUCAAGAACCGGCACCAACAACUCCAACAACCCUAACUCCUCUGCUUCGCCCCCCUUUGAGCGAAGAGCCGGCUUUUGUUGAAAUCAAUGGAAUUCUUACCAAGAAGCGCCGCGCAAACGACCCCGAGGUUGAUCUGGUUGCAGCUAUCCAAGAUUGCCAAGACACAACUCCCCCAUCCUUUGUCACUAUAUCUCGCACUUCGUUUAAUCCAAAUUCUGAGCUCGAGUACCUGGAAAAGGUCGAGCAGCACAUGUUUGAGAAACAGGCUCUUACAGCCCGCAUCUCCGGGAUUAUGUCGGCUCUAUUUGCCCCCUUUCCAACUAUACGUGACACAUUUCGGCGUUAUCUAUGCAGUCAGUCUUACGCCGUCUCCGAAUCACGAUCUUUUGUCCUUAUUCCGGAGACAAAGACUUUUCAUGUCGCCACUAAGCGGCGUAAAAUCGUCACGGAACAAUUCGAGUUCGAAUGGCUGGAUCGCAAUGGGCUCGACCUCCUCAUAUCGCGAUUUGAGCACCUGCGAGAGUGUUUUCGCAGGGUCAACAUUGUCGUCUUGCGACCUGAGUCUCGCCCUAAAAUGAACAAAAUUCUUCGGCCACUUCUACAAGUUUUGGCGGAUGAUGACGACGACAUCUACAAACUUCAGAGUACGGAAGAUGGCCACGAUCUUUGCACCUUAUUUUGCCUUUUGUGCGACAACAUGUUCCGCUUUUUAGGCACGAUCUACGAAAUAAGCAGCUUUAUCAAAGCCAAGGACAAAUUUCCCAGAGUUCCAAGAAUCUAUGAAUACAACUUGGAUCCCGAGGCUCGGCAGACCGUCAUUCGAACCAAAAACUUCAUGUCUGCUCCAAACCUCCUCACUGUGUUGAGAGAUAUCCUCGAAGUUGGUGGUCUCCUAGAUGAUGGCUACCCAGCACCAGUCGACAUCAUUAGUUACAUCAUCUUGGACAUGACGGCUGUGGAGAAUGGCAUUAUCUUGCCAAGCUAUGUCAUGCACAACGAUUUUCAUCAGAAAAUGUUCAAAGAAAUUCUGCCGAAUGGCCUGGGGAGAGAAGAGGGAUAUGAGAAGCUCCCAGGGACUUUUACAGAUGUCGAUAUCGACUUGAUCAAGGAGCCCGAAGGGAAAACGAGCAACAACAUUAACAACAUUGACGUCGUCAAGGUCAAGACACCAACGCGACCCUCUUCCCCACCGGCUCAGAUUGCCAAAGCAGAGAAAGGAAAAACCGGGCAGCUACGCGCCAAAUUUCUCGAAAGGAAAAUGUUAGCACUUGGAUCUGAUGGUUUCCGAUCCAAAUACUACGUACAGAAUGAGGCCCACGAGGCGAUCAAGAAAACUUAUAUCUCAGAGUUUGAUCCAAAGGAUCUGAAAAAGGGCCAAGAAGCUACUACGAAGUCAAUUUUGAAAAAUCGCUGCGGCAAAACACCGAAGCGACUUGCGAUGAAACUUGCGCCAAAAACCGUGCGUUUUACUGAGAACACAAUCUCACCGCAUCAACGGAUGCACAUUGGUUUCGACGUCCCAAGACUUAGUCAUGAUGAAGAGGGAGAGCCUAAGCCCUUGAUGAUUGGCCAGCUCAAGUUGAAGCCACGGGAAGCACCUGAACCUAGUCCUCCAGCGGAUGCAGAUGAAACAGAAUACUCAGCACUGGAGCAGGAGAAUCGAAAUGGUGAUUCGAUUUUUCCCGGUGCGAAGUGGAUCAAAUCCUCGAAGGACCACAAGAAGAACGUGGAUCCUACUGUUGCCAUUGAGAAAAUAUUGUCCCUUCCCUCGAUCGGGUCGCUCAUGAUUAGUGACGAAACGAAGGCUGGCAUCGCUGUUAGAAAAGAGAAGGCAGCCCGUGAAGCAGCUGAAGAGGCGAGGAAGUUGGCCGAGGAAAGAAGCCGCAAAGAGCGCGAAGAGAGACUUGCAAAAUCGGGUGGCCUUCGUGUGCCCGAACAACCACUUGUAUCGCCACUCAGCUCGGAUUGGCUUGCGAGAGUGCAUGCAACCGUCCAUGCUGGCUCCACGACUACCCUUGCUACCACGGCGGAAGGGGUUGAUUUGAGACGCCACGACUUUGCCAAAGUUGUUCCGCCUACAACGUGGGUGAACGACGAAAUUGUCAACGGUUGUCUCAACUGGCUUGAUCAGUCCAUCAAUAUGGCUGCUGGCAUUAAGGAUGUCAAGAAAAAAACACGCAAGUGCUUGGCCAUGUCGUCAUUCUUUUUCAAGCGUUUACGGGAGCAAGGAGUCACUCAAACGCAGCGAACGCUUCGUCGUUACGGGGUGGAAAAGAGAAACUUGCUGGACGUGGACACCAUACUGUUGCCAAUCUGCGAGCUCUCCCACUGGACUCUUCUCGUCAUCCGACCUAGCAAGAAGACCAUUGCACACAUGGAUUCUCUGAACCAGGGCGGCUCGCAGCAGUACAUCGACAUCGGCCUCGCGUGGCUCAAGAAUCUAUUGGAGGAGAAGUUUUUAGAUGCUGAGUGGAAGGUGAUGCAGCAUGAAGCUCCUCGGCAAACAAAUGGCUAUGACUGUGGUGUGCAUACCAUCACGAAUGGCAUAUGCAUUGCUCUCGGGCUCAGUCCCAUCGACAGUUAUACUUCGGGAGACAUGCCACAGCAACGACUCAACCUGGCUUGUAUGCUGUUGAACGGAGGCUUCAAGGGGGAGUUUGACCUUCGAGUUUACUGA